ACAUAACCUGUAAUUGAAUAUGAGUCCAAUGAGCCCACGUGAAUUUGUGAUGGCUCUGUACAUGAAGAUCAUAAAAAGCUCUUGGAUGCGCACGUGGACGUGGUGAAUAAUAAAGUGACCGGUACUAUGGAUUAAAUAAACAAUUUGCUUCUGCAACGACUUUUCUAUCAUUCCAUACGUACUUCAUGGAUUAUUUUGUGCUAAAAACCGUUGUGAAUACUAACAUUUUCAUAUAGUUCUAAAGUGAUCCCAAAAUGCGGGCGAAAAGAUCAACGGGCGCGAAGCCCUCUCCUAAAAAUAAAAGUACAGACACAAGUGAUUUAAUUGUUAAAAAAAUCGGGGGUGGAAGUAUUAUCGAUCACCGCCCAUUAUUUUCCGACGACGGAGAAUUAUUAUUCGUUGUAUGGAAACACUCUCUGAGAGCCUACAGUACGCGUACAGGAGACUUUGUUAGGGAGUUCGAAGGAAUCGAAAACAAAAUUGCUGGGAUAUCGUCUCAUCCUGAUAACUCAGAGAUCAUCUUGGCUUGCUCCGAUAUUGGAGAGCUCGUUUUUUGGAAUUGCUAUAAUGGUCUCAUCAUAAAAAAAAUAGUUCUUGAGAAUCAAGAUAAUAAAGUAAAAGUGAAGACAUUUCAUAUCAUAAAUUACCGACUGCACAAUGGAACCACCGCUCACCAAGUCCUCGUUACUUACUUUCUUAAACCGAAGAAAAGGAUACGUGCAAUAUUGUUUGGUCUGGAAAAUGGCCAAACUGUAGUAAAAACGGAUCUACAUUCAAAUUCUGAUGAUUAUUUUGUGGACAUUGUUGGGAAGGAAGGUGAAAACUUAAUUGCUGUCGCGUCGGGUGUUGAUUUACACAUUUUGAACCCUGCAGAAGACUUUGGAGGAAUACUACAUAAAACUGGCAGGCCGUGUACAGCUAUUGCAGGACAUCCGGAUCAAGAAUGUGUAGCGACUGGGGAUUCAAGUGGACGAGUUUUGAUUUGGACGAAUAUACAACAGCGUUUCCCAAUCAGAGCAACGUAUCAUUGGCAUACGUUACCUGUGAUUGAAAUACGUUUUAGUAGAAUUGGAAAUCAUUUAUAUACCGGAGGAGGUGAAUGUGUGCUGGUCAAAUGGGUAAUUGGGAAUACAAAAGAGAAAUCUUUCCUCCCUAGACUACCAGCCCCAAUCAAGCACCUUUCGCUCACAUCUGAGAAUGAAUAUAUCGCUGUCUCAACUCUAGACAACGGCAUUGUGGUGGUGAACCCGCAAAAGCAGGUUGUCUCUGUUAUUCAGAAUUUCACUUGGGGUGUUGCUGUAUCAAAAAAAAACCUCUUUCCCGCCGGUUUGACCAUUGAUCCUCGAACUAAUUCUCUGGUCCUUAACAGUCGGACAGGUCACGUGCAAUUCUACAAUACAGACACAAAAAGUCUGAUCUACAACGUAAAUAUAACAGCCCAAAAUGUAAUAACACAACAAAGAAACGCCAUCAUUGUGAAUACAGAGGUGACAAAGGUAGCUCUAAGUGUAGAUGGAUUGUGGAUGGCCACUGUCGAAGAGCGCAAUGACGAGCAGUCCAACAUGGAAGUCAGACUCAAGUUCUGGAAGUUUGACACUGUUAAGCAAACCUACGUCUUGAAUACAUCGGUGGAAUAUCCCCACAAUGGAUCGGUAAAUGCCUUGCGAUUUCAGCCAAUCGCUUCGCUAAGUAGCGAUCAGACCAUCGUUGUUACAACUGGCACAGACAAAAGGUACAAGAUAUGGAGAGUAGUCGAGCCCACAUCGAUAUACAAAAAUACGAAACAUUGGCAGUGCUACAACGUUGGGUUAUACCGUAAUCUGAUACCUACAGAUGCUGCAUUUUCUGCCGACGGGUCUUUAUUGGCAGUAGGUUUUGGGGCAAGUCUCACUGUGUGGGAGCCAGAGACUAACCAACUCAAAUGUAGUCUCACGUACAGUAGUUACCCGCAGACAUUGUCGCGAAUAGAAUUUGGGAGGAAUGAAAUGAGCCAUCUGGUUGUAGUAGGCUCGUCCGAACACAUAGCUGUUUGGAAUUUAUUGACACUUACGAUCACAUGGAGCGUUCCUCUCCAGCUUUCGACUCUCACCGCUGAUCCGAUUUCGGUACACAUGGCUGCAUUUACAACAGAUGGAACUUUGUACAUAUUUACUCCGCUGUCAUCGAAGCCAGUUUACACUAAAAAUAAUCUCACGGAUAAGGACAGCGUGGUAUUAGCGGCUUGUUUUAUGCCGCAUCUGAGUGGCCAAAGUCUUUCGGCAAACCGUUGGCAACAAAAGUCGCAGCUUUUCUUUCUGGAUUCAAAUCAGGAAUUACUCACUCUUGAUACUGCUUCGGAGAUCAACAAAACACUAGAGAAUCUGGCAUUGAGUACAAACUUGCCGUCCACCGCAUUUGGGGCCCUCAUUGCUGCCCAAACCGCUACAAGCACAGACCAGGUUGUUCCAUAUACUCACCAAGAGCUUGGAGUUCGAGGAAAAGGGAUCGUGCAGGAGCUGCUAAGCGUCCCGGCUCAUACUUUACCACCGAUGCGAUUACUCUGCUCUCCAUUUAUCUUCUCCUUGAUGACACAAUCGCCGUUGGCGAGAAAAAAAUCUUCGCAGGAUAAUAUCACCGGUAAAAUCCCGGAUGAGGAUCGAGAAAACGAUUCUGGUAAUGAGAGCGACGAUGAUCCUGUAAUUUGGAAAAAGAGAAUUUCAUCGUUGCCUCCUCCUGAGCCAAUGGCGAUUUCAGAAGAGGCGAAAGAAGAGAAACUCAUCCACUUCGACUGGUCCUCAUUUGCGGAUUCCUUAUCAGCGAUACUACCGAGCAGAGAUCUUGAGGAAACGUAAAAAUUUCUUGGAUCUUGGUCAGCCACUUCUCUAAUCUGUACAUGAUGGUGUAUUUAUAUUCGGUCUAUAUACUUUCUCUCAGGGAUCUUUUGAAUUACAUGAAAUAUGAAUUCUAUCGAGAAUAGCAAAGAUAAUUUGAAGAUACAGCUGGGAAGUGGAUUUACCGCUGCGAGAAUUAUUCACUUACAACUAAAGAAAUAUCAAAGUCAGUAAUUUCA